CGAACGAAGCAGAAACUCUCUCUCUCUCUCUGAGCCGAAAGUGACGAACCAAUGGAAAACAACAACAACAGGAACAACAGCAUUAUCAGCAACAGAGCCAAAAACCGUAUGUAGUAAUUCCCAAAAGUAAAAAACAGCAACACCCGAAAAGCAGAGGAGCAUAAAAUACAACUUUCCCUAUCCUUCUUCCUCAAACUCCACCAAGUCUCUCGUAUACUUUUCCUGUUUCCAAACCCCAUCCCACAUACGCACUAAGCAUGCUGCGCCAACCCACUUGAGCCCUCUGAAAUGUCUCGCAGAUUGUACAUGGGAACAGUCAAGAUCGGCCAAACGGUGAUGUUUCCUCUCGUUCUCCGGUCGUAGUUUCAGAGAUCGCUUCUUCCCAGCUGGCUGUGAAGAAUCAUCGUCGCACUUACUGGCUCGGUUCGAUUGUCAGAUCGGUCUUGGUUUCUGAUCCCGAAGGAUUUGUAUAGUUUCUUUGUGUUUGGUGCUGCAGAGAAACGAGGACAAACGCCGUUCCAGUUAAGAUAGUGCUGUUUCUUGUCGGUUUAUCCCAAUCCCAAGUCGUUUUUAGGCAUAAAGUAAAGUGGUACUUGCAAGUUUUCUAGAGGCCCGGUUUGGCGUUUUGGUUUCUUUUUGUGGUUGGAGUUGUGGUAGAGGUAGAGGAGCUUUCUGGGUUUGGUGUGGGGUUUGUUUUUUAGUGAGGGGAUAAGUGGAAAAUGGCUAUGUCCUGCAAGGAUGGUAAAGGAGUAAUGGAUAAUGGCAAGUAUGUGAGGUACACACCUGAGCAGGUUGAAGCCCUUGAGAGGCUUUAUCAUGAAUGCCCCAAACCCAGUUCGAUUCGUCGCCAACAGCUCAUUAGGGAGUGCCCAAUUCUCUCUAACAUUGAGCCUAAACAAAUCAAAGUUUGGUUCCAGAACAGAAGAUGCAGAGAGAAGCAGAGGAAAGAGGCUUCACGCCUCCAAGCUGUGAACAGGAAGCUCACUGCUAUGAACAAGCUUUUAAUGGAGGAAAACGAUAGGUUGCAGAAGCAAGUGUCACACUUGGUCUAUGAAAAUGGCUACUUCCGCCAGCAUACCCAGACCACGACGCUUGCAUCCAAAGAUACGAGCUGUGAAUCAGUGGUGACGAGCGGUCAACACCAUCUGACACCUCAGCAUCCGCCAAGGGAUGCUAGUCCUGCAGGACUUUUGUCCAUUGCAGAAGAAACUUUAGCAGAGUUUCUUUCAAAGGCUACUGGAACUGCUGUAGAGUGGGUCCAAAUGCCUGGAAUGAAGCCUGGUCCGGAUUCCAUUGGAAUCGUUGCUAUUUCUCAUGGUUGCACUGGAGUGGCAGCACGAGCCUGCGGCCUGGUGGGUCUAGAGCCUACACGGGUUGCAGAGAUCCUCAAGGAUCUGCCUUCGUGGUUGCGUGACUGCCGCACUGUAGAUGUCCUGAAUGUACUGCCUACAGCAAACGGUGGAACCAUUGAGCUCCUUUACAUGCAGCUCUAUGCGCCAACCACUUUGGCGCCUGCAUGUGACUUCUGGAUGCUCCGCUAUACUUCUGUUUUAGAGGAUGGCAGCCUUGUGGUUUGUGUGAGAUCUCUCAAAAACACACAAAAUGGUCCAUCCAUGCCUCCGGUGCAGCAUUUUGUUAGAGCAGAAAUGCUGCCUAGUGGAUACCUGAUACGACCAUGUGAAGGAGGUGGCUCAAUUAUACACAUUGUUGAUCACAUGGAUUUGGAGCCUUGUGGUGUGCCAGAAGUAUUGCGCCCAUUGUAUGAAUCUUCAGCUGUUCUUGCCCAAAAGAUGACAAUGGCGGCUUUACGCCAGCUGAGGCAGGUAGCCCAUGAAGUUUCUCAAUCUAGUGUCACUGGCUGGGGCAGACGACCUGCAGCUCUACGAGCACUAAGCCAGAGGCUUAGCAGGGGAUUUAAUGAGGCACUAAAUGGAUUUACUGAUGAGGGGUGGUCAUUGAUGGGGAAUGAUGGCAUGGAUGAUGUCACUAUCCUCAUAAACUCAUCCCCUGACAAGCUAAUGGGUUUAAAUCUUUCAUUUGGUAAUGGAUAUCCAGCUGUCAGCAAUGCCGUCUUAUGUGCUAAAGCAUCAAUGCUUUUACAGAAUGUGCCUCCUGCUAUCCUUCUUAGGUUCCUACGGGAGCAUAGGUCAGAAUGGGCAGACAACAAUAUUGAUGCUUACUCAGCUGCAGCUGUUAAAGUUGGCCCCUGUAGCUUAGCGGGGUCUCGAGUUGGAAGUUUUGGCGGUCAAGUUAUACUCCCCCUAGCUCACACUAUUGAGCAUGAAGAGUUCUUGGAAGUCAUUAAACUGGAGGGUAUUGGCCAUUCUCCUGACGAUCCAAUGAUGCAGACUAGAGAGAUGUUCCUUUUGCAACUAUGCAGUGGAAUGGACGAGAAUGCUGUUGGUUCCUGUGCUGAACUGAUUUUUGCUCCAAUUGAUGCUUCCUUUGCUGAUGAUGCACCUCUCCUACCUUCUGGUUUUCGCAUCAUUCCUCUUGAUUCUGGGAAGGAAGCCUCCAGUCCAAAUCGCACAUUGGAUCUUGCUUCUGCUCUUGAAGUUGGGCCGACUGGAAACAGGGCAUCUAGUGAAUAUUCUGCAAAUGCGGGUUGCGUGAGAUCUGUGAUGACUAUAGCAUUUGAAUUUGCAUUCGAGAGCCACAUGCAAGAGCAUGUAGCAUCCAUGGCUCGACAAUAUGUUCGCAGCAUCAUAUCUUCAGUUCAGAGGGUGGCAUUAGCACUCUCUCCUUCACAUUUAAGUUCGUAUGCUGGUCUUCGUUCACCACUUGGUACCCCUGAAGCGCAGACCCUAGCUCGUUGGAUAUGCAACAGUUACAGGGGAUAUUUGGGUGUGGAGCUGCUCAAAUCCUGCAACGAAGGAAGUGAAUCCAAUCUCAAAUUGCUGUGGCAUCACUCUGAUGCAAUUAUGUGCUGCUCUCUGAAGGCUGUGCCAGUUUUCACCUUCGCAAACCAGGCAGGACUUGACAUGCUUGAGACAACCUUGGUUGCACUGCAAGACAUAGCUUUGGAAAAGAUUUUUGAUGACCAUGGACGCAAGACUCUCUUCUCUGAGUUCCCGCAGAUAAUGCAACAGGGUUUUGCUUGUCUUCAAGGUGGCAUCUGUCUCUCAAGCAUGGGGCGACCAGUGUCAUAUGAAAGAGCAGUAGCUUGGAAGGUGUUGAAUGAAGAUGAGACGGCUCACUGCAUAAGUUUCUUGUUUGUGAACUGGUCUUUUGUGUGAUGUUGAGACCAGGAAACCUUUUACGGUUAGGAGCCUAUUAUAAUAGUGUCGAAUAGACGGGAGACUUGAAAACCUUUUGUGCUUUAAUUAAGUCUUUUGUAAGUGAUAAUGACAAUGAUGGAUGCUAAGACCAGUGUUGUGUUAGAUUGUUGCUGCUGCACUAUAAAACUCGAGCCUAUGCUCUUUGUUUUCUA